UGUCCGACUGGAAAGUUAAAUCUUCACUUAAUACAAAAUUAAUUGAUUAUUGCUUCAUAAAAUUCACUAAACUCACACCAGCACGAAAUGUUUUGACCCACGAAUCCAUCAACGGCAUUUAAGAAUCUUCCAAACUUCAUACCUUCAUAGCUACAGGUUAUGAGACGAUGGAGGAGGAAGAAUCCCCUAGCUCUCGAGUAAUCGAGGACUCUAGUAGUCAAAGUACCACACCGGAGGAAAUAGUACCGAUUCAUAAGCCGUUUGAGCAUACAUGGGAUGUUGCUGUACCUGGAGAAGAAGAUUUGCCAUUUUUGCCAAAGCCAGGCGAAAGACCAAAAGCUCUAACAGAUAUAGACUCUGAAAAGAGUAAUUCAUCGACAGAACAGCAAGAAGAUGAGCCAGAAAUCCUCAUUCAGUUUGAAAAUGAGGAAGAGAAUUUCAUCAGCCAGUAUGAAAAUGAUGAUUCAUUUGACUACGAUGACUCCUAUGGCUACGACGAUGCGUAUGACUAUGGAGAUCCUAAUGAAUACGAUGACACUUAUAAUUAUGGGGGUGCCUACGACUAUGAUGAUCCAUAUGGACUUAACCAGUUGAUGAUGAGCAGAAAUAGUGGGAUUCCGAUCAAUCUGAACAAUAAUGGAACACACAACAAUCCGAGUCUUGACUCAGCAAAUUUACAUCAAUUACCCACAAAUUUUUGGGCUAAUACCCCACCCCCCAGCAUGAUGGGAUCAAUGCAGUUGACUAGCGUAACUUCAAGUCCAACAGUUACUACACAGAGCCCACAAAUCCAGAACAUGUUAAACCAAGCAUCACUAAUCAUGCAAAUUCAGAAUCCAAAUCUUCAGCAAAGCUCUGCAAUGAAAUCCCAUCCAAGUUUACACCCUACUUACCCCCCAGGCACUGACCAGGUGCUCGAAUAUGGGACAAAUUAUCAGGAUCCAUCUCAUCCUGAUUACCAAGUUCACCCGACAUAUAAUCCCACUUUUAAUUCAUCAGAAAAUUACCAAACUGCGAUAUCAGACUCGACAUCAGCCCCAUCAGUGCCAGGCACAGAAGAACCAGAAGUAGAAAUCGAACCAGAGCGUGGACCAGAACUAUCAGGGCAUGUUGAGGGGACCUACUCUCCAGAUGAUCCAACACCAGAUGAAGCAGUUGCUCCAGAACCUGAAAAUAGUCAAGUGUUUCAAGCCACGCCAGCACUUAAUAUAUCAGACAUACCGACGCCGCACACGCCUGAACGUCCCGAAAAAAUUGUACAGAGUAGCACACCAGAGAUUAGUGAACCCACAUUUGAUAUUUCAGAUAGCCCAAAAACGCCCAAGCCUGUAUUGGGUAAAGCACAAGCAAAGAAACGGCUCAUGGCAUUUGCAAAUAAAUUUGGUGUUGUACCAAAAAUCCAACCCCCCAAAUCAAAAGCCAAAAUAGAUCCUGGACCGGCAAAAGCUGACACCACUUCAAAACAACAUACACAAGAUACAUCUCGAAUAAAAUCAGAUAGAGGCAAAGGAAAGCCUAAAGACAAGGUAAAAUCAUUACUGGAAGAGUUGAAUGAUGCAAAAAUGAAAAUUGAAUCUGCACUGGAGGCACAGCAAAAAGACAGUAGCAGCGGCAGAUCUAAGAAACAUCACGAGGACAGAGUGCCAGCUAUUGAGGAAAUUGUCAGAGAAGAAUCGAUGACCAAAGGAAUACAAGAUUACAAUAAUUCUUCAUUAGCUGCUGAAAAGGAGGCAAACAGACAAAGUAGCAGCAGUAGUAAAAGCAGGUGGAAAAAGACGCAUCAAAAUCAUUCAGAAGAAGAAAAUGAUCACAAGGCCACAUACAGCAGGAAAUUUUUCGACAGGAGAAGACGUUAUAGCAGAGAUCGUGAUAGAGAUUACAAAUCUAAGGACAAUAAAUUCUCAAAGGAUCAACCACCUCGUAGGGUUUCGCAGGAUAGAGAUCAGCGCAAGAGAGAUAAGGAAAGGACCAGUAGAGAGAUUAAAAAGAAAAAAGGGGGUUCAAAAGAGAGAGAUAAAAAGGAUGUUCAGACUCCAUCGUUAUCCAAAGAAAGAGAAAAGGAAAAAGACAGACAAAGAGAAAGAGAAAAAGAAAAAGAGCGUGUGAAAGAAAAAGAACGAGAGAAGGAAAAGGAGAAAGAACUGGAACGAGAGAAGGAAAGAGAGAAAGAAAUAGAACGAGAGAAGGAAAAGGAGAAAGAAUUAGAGCGAGAGAGGGACAGGGAAAAUGAAAAAGAACGAGAACGAGAACGAGAAAUGGAAAGAGAACAGGAAAAAGAACGCGAACGAGAGAAGGCAAGAGAGAAAGAACGAGAAAAGGAGAGGGAGAAAGAACGAGAACGAGAAAUGGAAAGAGAAAAGGAAAAAGAACGCGAACGAGAGAAGGCAAGAGAAAAAGAACGAGAACAAGAACGAGAAAUGGAGAGAGAAAAGGAAAAAGAACGCGAACGAGAGAAGGCAAGAGAGAAAGAACGAGAAAAGGAGAGGGAGAAAGAACGAGAGAAAGAAAAAGAAAGAGAAAAAGAGAGAGCAAAAGAAAGAGAGAAGGAGAAGGAACGAGAGAAAGAGAAAGAGUUUGUAAGGUGUAAAAGUUGGUUGGAGCUGAAGAGGUCCGGACUUUCCACAGAAGAAAUGGUUAACCGCAGAAGAGAGGAUAAAUUGAAUCUGAACAGAACAGCACAAGAUUUCGCUCAGCAUUUUGAUCAGAUGUUGAUGAUGGGGGGUUACAAUUUGAAGCGAUUGCCUCUAAUAGCUGAGGGACAAGAAGGAGAACCUAUAGAAUUUCCGCCAGAAUCUAUAAGAUCAACAAAGCGUGGUAGAGGACCUCCAGUUUUAUUUGCGGAAAAUCCUCGGGUAUCGCUUCUUCUUACUCGACAACAGCUGUAUCAAGCAAUUCCAUCGGACCGUCGUGAUAAGAUGCGACAAAUAUGCGAGGCGUAUCAGAUUCAAAUAAAUUCUGCUGACGACGUCGAUCAACGUGACGGUUGGUAUGACAGAAUGGAAAAUUUUAAAGUAUCCAAAAAAGGGGUCAUUGCAGAUGACACUACUUUAAAAUCCAGAUGGGAAACCGAUAGUCCAAUCGUUCCUCCAAAAGAGAAAAGUCGAGAGUCUAAAAUAGUCGUGGAAAAGUUUGAAACAAAAGAUGAAAUACCCCAACCCAAAGUCAAAGAAGCUGCCAGAGUUGAAACUGCGAAUCAAGAGAGCAGUUCGAUGCCUGAAGUUUCUAGGGAGUCUCACAUAUUGUCCUACAACCGCUCACAAAGUGUAUCAACUGACACACAGAUAUUUUCGUCUCGUAAUAAUGACGUGAAUCUGAAAUCAAGUAGAUUAGUAACUGUUGCUAACAGAGAAGAUUGCGUUUCUUCACCUUUAUCUGCAGCUACAGGGGACCCAAAACUGGUCUCUGAGUACGAACAGUUCAUGAAAAUGGUCAACAGUGAUGACUCUGUGCCUACCUCCUCUAAUGUAAUAGCUUCAAAUGAAUCAAUGCCCCCUUUGGCCAUUCAGACUACCUCCAGUUUAGAAAAAUCUCUCAUGAUUAACAAGGCAGGAUCAUCAGAUUCUAAAAAGGUUCCUGACAAAAUCGUUCCAAAAGACAAGUUAGAUUACCUGGAAGAUAGCGAGAUUGAAUGCGCCAGUGUUUUUACUAAGAGCAAAGAAUCCAAUUUGACAGGCGAAAUUGAAUCUGAGAAAAAUGAGAGCUUCCGAGCUACAACAGCAAAGGUGGCAAGUGAAGCAGAUGCAAGUAGUAGCAGAGAUGACGAAUCCGAUGAGUCCAAUUCUGUGCCCAGUGACUGGGAGAACGUCAAAAUCAAGGAGGAGAAGCUCAGUGAUGAAAGUUUGAUUAAAAAAAAUCUGAAGAAAAAAAAGAAAUACCGUCAAUCAAGUAGUGACUCUACUUCAUCCUCAUCAUCCACUUCGUCAUCAUCAACGUUUUCAUCUUCAUCAGAUUCUUCAGACUCGGAAGAAGAUGCAGAAAAAAAUAGAGAAAAGAGAGCAAAAAGAAUUAAGAAAAAAAGCAAACGCAGAGUGUUACGAAAGAAAUUCAAAAAGAGAGUCAAAUCAAGUUCCGAAUCCGACAGUAGUGACGAUCAAACAAGUGAAUCGUCCAGUGAAGAUGAAAAAAGGAAACGACGUAGACGAAAGAAGAAGUCAAAGAAAAAGCCAAAGAAAGUGAUCGUCAAGAAAAGACGCAAACGGAAAAUGCAAUCAGACUCUAGUAGCUCCGAUUCAGACACUAAAGCAAAAAAGAGAAAAAGAAAAAGUGAAAAACAGUCGUGUCGAAAACAAAGCGAUAAAAAAAUCUCCGACAACGAUGAUGGAAUGUCAAAGAAGAAAUCAACAGAUUUCAAGAAAGCCGAUAAAAAAAAAGAUAGCAGAGAGAAACAAGAAUCACUGAACGAAACAAUGGAAGUUAAGGAGGAAAAAAUUGAGCUAAACAAAGGUGAUAUACCAUUCAAAGAAUCAUGCAGCAAAGAAAUUCCAACCAGUAGUAGAAAGAAGCGUACUCGGGAAUGGAGCUUCGACGAUAAUUCGGUAGCAACAGAAGAGGAAAGGGAGCUGGUUAUCAAACAGAAUAUUGUCACGCUAAAACCAGAUUUGAAAAAAAAAAUUCCGGAUAAAGAAAAGAGAAACGAUGCAAUUGGAAAUAAGUUUCUUGAGGAAUGGGAAAAGGAGAAUACAGAACUGCCAGAACAAAUAUUACAUGAGAAGGAAAUUUCCAGUUCUGAUAACAAGAAAAAAGUAAAAAGUAUUAAAGACAAACGUAUGAGAGACAUAAUGAAAAACCAAUCGGAUGAAAAGUUGAAGGAAAAAUCAAGAGAAGUCAAACUGUUGGAUGAAUGGGAAAAAGAGAGUCUUCGAAUGACGCACCAAAUAAUCCAGAGGGAAGAACGAUCUGAAGAAACGAUAAAUAGAAAAAGCAAAAUUAAAGUGAGUGGCAGCGAAUGGGAAGAAGAUGAUUUCAGUCUAAAUGAUAAUUCAAACAUAUCGACCAUAUCUUCUCUAGAGAAGUUAAAUAAGAGAAAAGAGCAUUUGAAUGACGAGUGGGAAGUAGAUAGCUUAGAAGAGAGUGGUGAAUCUAACGAGCGAAAGAAAUUUAAAAAAGAGAAAAAAAUUGAGAAGGGUGUGAAGUACGAUAAAAAAACAGAUACCUACAUAACUGUGGAUAGAGAAACUAACAAAGAGCACAAAAGAAGGCAAAAUAGACUAUCGGCUAUUAGAAUAUGGGAAGAGGAAGAGGAAGAAGGAGAAAAAGAAGCAAUGAUGCUCAUGAACCAAAAAGCCAAACAUGCGCCAUCAGAUGGAUCAAAAAAUAAAUGGGAUAUUGAAGAACAAAAGAUAAAAAUGAUAACAGAAAAGAAAUGGAAAGGCACUGAAGUAGGAAAUUGCAAAAGUGAACCAUGGUUACAAAAAAAUCGAAAUCCAGAAAAUAUCGAGAAGACAAAACACAGAAGCGAGAAACAGGACGAUCAACGAUUCGAAAAAUAUUAUCAGGAAAACCAUGAUACUACGGUUGAAAAUAAAGAUAAAGUUGAUGAGAAUGUUCCAGCAAAAAACUGGAACAUAGUGCAGCCUGGAGAACUGUCAAACAGUACGAGCUGUGACAAUCAAACUGACAAACGAAUUUAUAAACCGAAUUUGAUAGAGGAUCUGAAUGAACAUGACAGGUGUAAGAGUUUGAAACUAUCGGAAAACAAUACUAGCAGAGAUUGGGAAGACGAAGAUCAAGAAAAAACAAGUGACUGGGAAUUGGAAGAUGAUCUGAACAUUAAAGUGACAAGAUUUGGAGCAACUAGAGAUGUCUUAAGUGAUUGGGAGAAACCUGCAGUUGUGAAUAAAGUGAAUCACUGUGAAAAUUCAAAUCCAGUCGAGACAAGUUGGCCCAAGUCAAAUACUGGUCCUUUACCAAAGAAGGACAAGAAAAGUCGUUGGGAUGUUGAAAGCAGUUCAAACAAGUAUAGCGAGCCAACACAAAUACAAGAAUCAGUGAAAAGUGAAUCAGAUAAUCUUCUUCUGAUAGAAUGGGAAGAAGAACAUAAUGAAUGGGUCAAAAGCACAGUUUCAACUUUGGAUGAUAUUCCAGUGAAAUCGGUUGCCUAUGAAGUUCAUCCUACCGUGACUUUGCAUGAAACUUCUAUGAAAUCUUCAACACUUGACACAACAACAAACAAAUCCAAAAAAUCAGAUGAACUAUUCAGUUCUCCUGAUGUGGCAAGUCUGAAGAAAAAAGAUCAAUUGAAGCGUUCAUCAAAUAUCCUUACACUGUCUCAAAAACCAUGGAAUACUGAAGAAGUUUCAACAAGUAGUCACCAGUCUUUGAGUUCAUUAAUAGAAUUGAAUUUCAACAACAUUCGGCACGCUGCAUUAGAUAAAAAUUCUCAACAUUCAGAUAGGAAUCCUGCAAAAGAUAGUAAAGACGACUUAGAAUUGUACAGUCCAAGUUCUCUGGCAUUUUCACAGAAGUCUGAAGACAUGGACAUUUCUAGUGGCAGCGAAAAAGCUCAUCCUAAGACCGAAGUGAUAUCUAAUAUCCCACUGCCGACAGAAGAAUUUCCAAUUAUGUUUGAGGCUUCUAAUAUCUCAGUACCUGUUGUUUCGCCAGAUCAAGAUUUCAAUUUCAUUGCGAAUAACAGUUUUGAACCUAAUAUCAAUGCUCGUGAUGCCAUAGUAGGCAAACCUGUACUCAAUGUGCAAGACAAAUUCAAAGAUAAUGAUAAAAUCAUGUCCCUGAAAGUCAAAUGUGAAAAGAUGAGUUCAGGUGCAAUACAAUUGCCUAAAUUUGGACCUGAGUGUAUCAAUUUGAAAAAAAUAAGUUCCGAGCAUUCCGGUAGAUCGUCUACAUCAAGUUUUAGCAUGGAAGCAACAAUGGUACUCCCUAUAGAAGAAAAUAAAAGCAAGAAUUCUAUGGACAUAUUUGCAGACUAUGAGUCGAGUAGCGAUUCUCAUGACAAAACCGAAUCUGAGGAUGAUUCGGCCCCCGAUCCAAUCCAGCUCGAGCAGAAAGAAGAAAAAACACUUUCACCUUUGAAAUUAAUCCCCAAACAAAUUUUGUUUCAACAUAAUAAUGAGAUUAAGUCCAAGUCGACUCCAGAGAUACAAAAAGGAGAAAUGGUUCAGGGUACCAUUUCCUUUAAAAUCCAAAAGAAAUUACUACCAGCUAAUGUAUUACCAAGUGCAGAAGCUGAAGAGACCAUGAACGACUUGGAGAAACAACAUAUGUCCGAAAAUUCAGUCUCUGGUAGCAAAAUGAUUGUAACUAAAAAGUCUGUGAAUGAUGGCGUCGCGAGCUUAGGAACUAUGAAUUUAACUUCGCAGAAGCCUCAAUUAGAAAAAAUCCCAGCAGCUGUUACUUUGAAAAAAGAAGUUGAAGAUGUUAAUCAAUUUUUGAAACUGCCGAGUAAUACCAUCAGAAAUAACUUACCAAAUAUGCAAGACUUUGAAGUACAAGAUAAUGAUAAAUACGAUGAAUUUGCCAUCAUUCCCAAGCAAGAAGUUGACGAAGCUAUGCAACGAUCUCAAUCACGAUCCCGAUCUCCCUCAAGAUCCAGAUCUAGAACAAGAUCCCGAUCAACAUCACGAGAUCGUCGCAAAAAAAGUCCUGAGAGAAGGGAAAGAGAUAGAUGGAUUAGAGAGGAUCGAAGAAAAAGUAGAGAUAUAGAGGCUAGAGAUAGAGAUAAAUCUGGAAAACGCGAGCAGUUAGGAAUUCUAGUUCAAGAGAAUCGAAAUCGCGGCAACACUAAAUAUGUUGACCGAGGAGAUAGCCGAAGACGUAUCAGCCCGAGCAAAGGAAAAUUUGUAGCUCGACGAAACAGAUCGAGAAGUCCUGUCACAAGUAAACGGAGCAGAAGUCGUAGUCCUAUGAACAGAAAAGAUCGUGAUAGAAGCCCUAAGCGGAGGGGAGGAGAAUCAGACAAAAAAUUAAUCAAACUCAGCGAUAGACUUGAUGAAACAGAUGAUAAAGACUUCUUCAAAGACGACGACUUCAUUAUUAGUAAAUACAAAGCUUUUGACGAUCGGAAAGAGAGAAGCGUCAAAAGUCCAAUCAGAUUUCCAAUGUCGACAACUGCUGAAGAUCUUAACAACAGGAAGUUCGGAAGCGUCGAACGUAAGUUAGAUAAAGACAGAGAUCGAGGAAGGUAUAAAGACAGCAUAGAACGAGAUAAAGAAAGCAAAAGCUAUGACCCAAUGGAAAUACUCAGAGAGAAAAGUUUGGAUGGAGACCGUCAUCGUAAAAGAUUGCAUGUGGACAAUGAAAGCAGACAUCACCAGUGGAAAUAUGAAAGCGGGGAACACAGAGACGAUUUCUUUCCCAAUGAGUUUGAUCUUGAUUUUGAAGAGGGACGUUUCAACAGAAGUGAUAGCCUCGACAGAGAGAUCGAGGAAGGACCUAUCCAUUUACAGCCCAAAUCUAGAUCCAGACGUAGAGACCGGAGUAUAGAAUCUCGAUCAAAACAUGGCAGGGGCCGGUUCAGAGAAAGAGAUUCUCCCAGUUCUGAAACACGUGAGGGUAGAUCUUCUUAUUCAAGGUCAAGAUCACCUCCUACUCGAUCGACACGAGCUAGAGGGUCAAUUGACCGAUAUCGAACAUCUCGGAAAAGUAGGUCAAGAUCGCGUACUCCAGUAAGAAGCUCAAGACCAGCUAAAAGAAUACACAGAUCAAGAUCGACAUCUCUUGUGAGAGAGGGAACUGAUCUAUCUAUGCAUGAAAAGUGCACCACCGGUAGAAGAAUAGAAACAAUUGUACAGUCAGUUUCUACAGUAACAAGAAAUGCCGGUGUAAUUGCUGAUUCUACGAUAUCUGAUUCAGAACUCUUGGCUGGCAAUGAAUGCAUAAAUCAUGACGGCUCAUUACGAUAUGCAAGCAAUGCUAAUAGCAGUACUAGUGAGUACUACUAUUAUUCUGAAGGAAAUUUAACUUAUCCUCCACGUAUUGAAGAGACUCACCAAUCAGCAACAAUAGGAACAGGUUCUCCAAAACGCCUUUCUCUUGAUGACAGAUUGGAAUUAGAAUUAGGAAUCAAGAAAAAGCAACAACAGCAAAUUCCACUGACCAUUCAAGACAGUCAGCACGCUGGAUACCAUCCUGCAGCGUUCUCUACAAACAUCGCUACCUAUCCAGGUAUACCUCCCAGUGCUAUGCCACCGUUGCAACAACCGUACCAGCAGCCGCCUCCAAAAGUGCUUCAGGUUGGGAAUGUUCUACAAGUUAUACCUUCAGAAUUUGCCGGAAUUACUCCUCCUCAACGAGAAUUGCCUGCAGUAGGGGUCAGCAAUUCCAGUCACGUAGUACGUGUUGGAAAUGUUCUCCAAGUGGUUCCGACUACCCUCAAUUGGGCUACUGCAGCACCGUCCUCUGAUGCUAUCAACUCAGCAUAUCAUCGUCCUUGCGCAGCAGCUACUCCUAUUGGGAUUUCACUACCCCCUUCAACAUUGAGCCUCAUUUCUCCCAGCACAACUUCGCCGAUUGUUAUUCCUAGGCCAGAGAUAAUACCAGCUGUUGCGCUACCUGUUUACAACUACGACGCAAUAUUGGAAGAGCGUAAAAAAGGGCGAGAUGAGCGGAAAAAGAUUAGAGAAGAGCGAAGAAAAGAGAGAGAGCUUAAAAGAAUGGAGAGGCGAAAACGACGUGCAGACCGUCUAAUUAAAAAGAAUCUUACGCUUCGCCAACAAGAGGGAGCAACUUUUCAACAACAUUCACCACCUCCACCUAUUUCUGUCACCUCGGGGAUUGAAGAUGAAGAAGAUGAGGAAAGCAUUAUCAAGGAUCCAUCUCUACCCCUGCCUUUGAGUGACAUUGAACACCAGUUGCAAGAAAAACUGGAACAACCAGAUGGAUCUGGGGAAGGAUUCAACGAUGAAGUUGCAGAGGAAGUAAAGGAUGUUAAAAUCGAGUGGUUACCUCUUCUUCCACCACCAGCUAAAGGCAUCUUGAUAUCUCCUGGCUUUGGAAGAGAGUCAUUGCCUAAUGGAGAUCCACUCAACGAUGAUGAAGUGGAUGACUACGAAGAUCGAAAUGAGGAUAGAGAACGAGUAGAAAUGACUGUUGACUCUGAAUUUGCGUUGACAGAAGAGCAAGUGGAGAGUCAACUUCAGGCAAUAAUUGAAGAAUCAAAAACCAAAGAUUCAGCAUCUAUAGCCAGUAUGUCGCGAGAUGAGGAAAAGGAGCGCGAGGUUCGGAAAAAAAGAAUAGUCAGAAGAAGGAGUCGAAAAUCUGUACAGUUUGCCGAUGGGGUACGCCCAGGAGAAGGCACUAGUCCGAGUGGCGGCGAAGGGGACAUGCCAUCUCCACCUCCUACGAUUUCUAACGCCGUUUUACCCCUUCGAAAUAGUAACAUUAUGAACUACAAUACUCUGCAUGGAACUGAGAAGCGGCUUAAGAUUAAGAAAUCAAAGAAAAAACACCAAAAAAGCAAGCCCCCCAAGACGAAAAAGAAAGUCAAGGUGAAGAUCAUCAAAUUGAAGAAAUCUCAAAUACCAGUUUCUUCUCCACUGGCAAUCGAAGACUUGGAUGAGCUAGAUGAUCGAUCGCCGCCUCCUCCACCCCCAGGGUCUCCACCGCCGCCUCAUUUGUGGCCGUCAUACCUAGCAGCGUAUAACGCAGCUUUGCAUACCCCUAUAAAUAGUGAACCUCCCUCUCCGCCACAGACUGUGGCAUCGCCACCGCCAACGCCACUUCCACUCUUAGUUCCUCCACCUCCUUUGACUUAUACCAUUCAGCCCUGCAACAAGGCUUAAGCAUAACUACUAUUCUGAUUACUGACAAAGCAAUUAUUCCGCUUAUGUCCGAUCUAUACGUAAAUUCAUUUUUCAACCUUAUUCCAGCUGAUGAAACUUAAUCGAUGUUUAUCCCAGCUGACAAACUUCUACAAAGCAGUUCAGUGAAAAGUGAUAACAUAUUGAUUAUUAUAUUGAUAAGAUAACAUACGAUUAGUUAAGUUUUAACUUACAGUUAUUAGGGUCGUAUUUUUCGUGUAUAACGAAUAAUAUAAUGAUUGAUAGUAAAUUCGUAUUGAAAACAAAAUGCGAGUUGUCGAACCACAUUCAAACGGUCGAGUCCAAGCUCAUUUUGAUUUCCAAGUUUGGGGUCCCGUGGGACAUUUUCCUAAAUUCAGAAACUUCUGAUUUUUUAAUUUAGGCUCACUCGGAUUCCGAAGCCGGUUCUCUAUCAUAGCGUAUUUGUAACGAAAGUUCUUGCACUCUACAUACUACAAGUAGCUGGCAUCUACGAAUUUCGGUUUCAUGGACCAUUGGGAGGAAAGGCCUUGGUUUGUCGGGUGGAGAAACUCGAAUUCGUCUGCAUAAUUUGAGUCUAAUGGAUUCAGGCCGCAUAUUUGGAUUGGACUUCAAAAUUUACAUAGGAGGUGAGAGCAAGAUUCAAGUUCAUAGAUAUUUUUGUUAAUGCAUAUGUUCCACGGAGAACGUUGAAGAAUCGAAAUAAAUUACUCCACGUAUUGCCA